CUCUCUCUCUUGGUCACUAAACUUUCCCCACUGAGUUUCCGCAGUAGAAGCCCGACGUGGGCUACAGGGAGGCCGGUCAUUUUACUGAACAGCACCGCAGAGACUCACUGACCUGGAAUCAUGCCUCUGCGUCUGGACAUCAAGCGGAAGCUGACCGCCCGGUCGGACCGGGUGAAGAGUGCGGAUCUGCACCCCACCGAGCCCUGGAUGGUGGCGAGCCUCUACAGCGGCACCGUGGUGGUCUGGAACCACGAGACACAGAUGAUGGUGAAAACCUUCGAGCUGUGCGACCUUCCUGUCAGAGUGGCCAAGUUUGUCGCCAGGAAACACUGGGUCAUCGCCGGAGCAGAUGACAUGCAGAUCCGUGUGUUCAAUUACAACACUCUGGAGCGAGUUCACAUGUUCGAGGCUCACUCUGACUACAUCCGCUGCAUCGUCGUCCACCCUUCACAGCCCUACAUCCUCACCAGCAGCGACGACAUGCUGAUCAAGCUGUGGGACUGGGAGAGAAAGUGGUCGUGCAGUCAAGUGUUUGAGGGACACACUCACUACGUCAUGCAGAUUGUCAUCAACCCCAAAGACAACAACCAGUUUGCCAGUGCCUCUCUGGACAGAACCAUUAAGGUGUGGCAGCUGGGCUCCAGGACUCCCAACUUCACUCUGGAGGGCCAUGAAAAGGGGGUGAACUGCAUCGAUUACUACAGCGGGGGGGACAAACCCUACCUCAUCUCAGGAGCUGACGACCGCCUGGUCAAGAUCUGGGAUUACCAGAAUAAAACCUGUGUUCAGACUCUGGAGGGUCACGCCCAGAAUGUGACCUGCGUCUGUUUCCAUCCGGAGCUGCCGAUCAUCCUCACGGGCUCCGAGGACGGCACCGUUCGAGUGUGGCACUCCAACACCUACCGGCUGGAGAACACACUCAACUACGGCAUGGAGAGGGUGUGGUGUAUAUGCGGCCAGCACGGCUCCAACAGCGUGGCUUUGGGCUAUGAUGAAGGCAGCAUCAUCAUCAAGCUGGGUCGGGAGGAGCCGGCCAUGUCCAUGGACUCCAGUGGGAAGAUCAUGUGGGCUCGCCACUCCGAGGUGCAGCAGGCCAACCUGAAGGCCAUGGGAGAGACCGAGGUCAAGGACGGAGAGCGGCUGCCGCUGGGCGUCAAGGACAUGGGCAGCUGUGAGAUCUUCCCCCAGACGAUACAACACAGCCCCAACGGGAGAUUCGUGGUGGUGUGUGGAGACGGGGAGUACAUCAUCUACACCGCCAUGGCCCUGAGGAACAAGAGCUUCGGCUCGGCUCAGGAGUUCGUCUGGGCCCACGACUCCUCUCAAUAUGCCGUAAGGGAGGGCAGCAGUAUGAUCAAAAUAUUCAAGAACUUCAAAGAGAAGAAGACUUUUAAACCUGACUUCGGGGCUGAAGGUGUCUUUGGUGGCUUCUUACUGGGCGUGAGGUCGAACAGCGGCCUGGCCUUCUACGACUGGGAGAGUUCUGAACUGAUCCGCCGCAUCGAGAUCCAGCCCAAACACAUCUUCUGGUCCGACUCUGGGGAACUGGUGUGCAUCGGAACAGACGAGUCCUUCUUUGUGCUGCGCUACCUACCAGAGAGAGUGGCGGCGGCCCAGGAGUCCAAGGAAGAGAUAACGGAGGAUGGGAUCGAGGGCGCCUUCGAGGUGCUGGGUGAGGUCCCAGAGGUGGUGAAGACGGGGGUUUGGGUGGGAGACUGCUUCAUCUACACCAGCUCUCUGAACAGACUGAACUACUAUGUCGGAGGAGAGAUCAUCACCAUCGCUCACCUGGACAGGACCAUGUAUCUGCUGGGCUACAUCCCCAAGGACGACCGUCUCUACCUCGGAGACAAAGAGCUGAACGUCAUCAGCUACCUGCUGCUGCUGUCGGUGCUGGAGUACCAGACGGCCGUCAUGAGGAGGGACUUCAGCACGGCCGACAAGGUCCUACCCACAAUCCCCAAGGAGCAGAGGACCAGGGUGGCAAACUUUCUGGAGAAACAGGGCUUCAGACAGCAGGCCCUGGCCGUGUCCACCGACCCGGAGCACAGGUUUGAACUGGCCCUGCAGCUGGGGGAGCUCAAGAUGGCGCACGAACUGGCCUCGGAGGCAGAGUCGGAGCACAAAUGGAAGCAGCUGGCGGAGCUCGCUACUACAAAGUGCCAGUUCAGCCUGGCUCAGGAGUGCCUGCACCAGGCUCAGGAUUAUGGGGGAUUACUGCUGUUGGCCACCGCCUCGGGCAACGCCAGCAUGGUGGGCAAGCUGGCCGAGGGGGCAGAGAGGGACGGGAAGACCAACGUGGCCUUCCUCACCUACUUCCUGCAGGGAAGAUUGGACAAAUGUCUGGACCUUCUCAUCGAAACAAAUCGGUUGCCAGAGGCUGCCUUUCUGGCAAGAACAUAUCUGCCCAGCCAUGUGUCAAGGGUGGUGAAGCUGUGGAAGGCGAGUCUGUCCAAGGUCAACCAGAAGGCGGCAGAUGCUCUGGCUGACCCGUCUCAGUACAGCAACCUGUUCCCGGGCCUCCAGCAAGCCCUGCUGGCUGAGGAGUACCUGAAGGAGACUCAUGUCAGGGUCAGGCCUGCUGCAGAGUACCCACUCAUCACGCCGAAUGAGGACCGUAAUGUUCUGGAGGAAUCUGCAGGUUUUGAGUCCAAAGGAGAGCUCACAGAUCCAGAGGUGAAGAGCAUAAAUGAAACCGUCAUGGCUGCAGCAGUGACGGAACCCAUUCUUCUAAAACAGGAGAUCAUUGAACCCGUUACAGCGACACAAGAAAAAUCCAUCCCAUCAGCAGCAUCCCCUCUGCCUGUCACUGUAACAGAGGAGUAUGAUGAACCAGAGAAAGCAGAGUCCGUGUCUUCAGAGGAGGACGCCAUCGCUGAACCAGAGGAGGCUUUAAUCUCUGUAGAGGACGACGUGGUACGAUCCAGUCCCGCGGAAGAUGUCCGAUCAUCAGUCGAGACGGAUGUUGAGGAAAUUCCUCCAGCGACCGAACCUGCUGCCUGUGAAUCUGAAACACAUCUAAUGGAGGCAACAGAAGAAACACAGGGUGAAACCAUAGCAACAGAGAGUGUCCUCGUUAGCACUGGUCUGAUAGUUGAUACAGAAUCUAUAGCGACUGGGGAAAUGCCCGUUUAUGAAGAACUGGAAACGGGUAUCUUCUCCUCAGAAGCACCAGCAGAGGAGACUGGUGUCACUGAGGAACUUGUCUCAGAAACAGCAGCGUCACCUGUAGCAGUGGAGGAGCUCAUCUCCUUUGAAAGCACGGACAGUCCACUUCUAGAUGUGCCUGUUCAAAGCCAAACGUUCCCAGAUCUGGCUCUUGAUCCACUGCUAGACCCACUCCAAGACACAAUGCCAGCAUUGAAGCCGGUCCUGGCUCAGGAACCAGAACAAGAGGACCAGACCACAACACUCCCGGUAAAGACUGAGGACCACCUGGAGCCUGCAGCGGCUCUAAAGGCGGAGCCAGAGGUUUUAUCCACUAAAGAUAGGGACGUAGCGGAGAAGGAGGCGGGCCCUGAAGGAGCCGAGGAUCCUGCAGAGGACGAGAUGAAUGAUGAGAUCCUGGAUGAUCUGGAUCUGGACAAUUUUGACCUGGAAGACAUCGACACCACAGAUGUCAACCUGGAUGAGGAUUUCUUGAGUGAAUAAGAAAAAGGAAUCUUUCACACGCCACUGCUGUUUUAUUUCUCAGUGACCAAAGAACUCCAAGGGUUUCCUAAGACGAUGAUGAGCUGUAAUCAGACUAAAAUGCCUUUUUAAGUUUAAUAAACAAGCGUUCUCUUUAUUGGCUGUAGGACUAAAAUGUUCAAUACACCUACAAGAAGGCAGAAAUGAAGCCAUAGCCUUGAUUUAACCAUGGGGAAGUGUAUCUUUGUAAUUAAAGUGUAACUUUAAUAGGGAUAAGAAAAAACAAGAUGUGUGUUUGGGAAUUGGAUAAUAUAUAUUGCAGCCAGUUGUAAUAUGCUGUUGUUGGGGACCUUUUUCUUUUUUACACUACGAGAUUUGCUAUUUAAACACUGCAAAACACCAUGACAGUUUCACUAAUUUGAGUGCCAGUUUACAGUAUAAAUCCAGAUUUUAGGAGUGGAAUGUCAUGGUGCUGUAUGCUUUACCAGCUGACUACGAUGUUCACCAGCAUGAAAAGUGACUCUCAGUACCUCUUCAUACCUCCAAACAGUGUGACGCCGCUGUUGAUCAGGGUGUUACCGAAGCCUUUGCCAGUUUGAAUAAAGAUUUUUUCUAAAGUUAAAAUUUAUCAGUUUUAUUUUUUCUGACAUUCCUGCUGGUAUGAGGCUGCCUGUGUCAUGAUUUUUAUAAAUAUUAUGCAUUCAAAAAAUGUUGCACAAGCCUGUAAUUUGGACAAAUCCCCCACAUUCGGUUACAUUCAGUGUCUUAAUUACCUCUUUGUUGUGAUAGUUUGGUGCAUGUUAACUUCUCAAAUCUUGUAUAAAUGUAUACGGCAGAUGACCUUGUGUGUUUCUGUUAUAAGUGCCUUACAUGUGUUUGUUAAAGAGGUUUUUUUCCCUACUUUUAAAGGAUGGAUGGUACUGUGUAGCCAUAUUUGAACCAACCAAUAAAGUCUU